GUGCGGGCGGUGCUUUACUUUUCUCUCUCUCUCUAUCUCUCUCUCUCUCUCUCUCUCUCUCUGAAUCUAUGGGAGUGUCAGUAACAUUUUAGGCGUGUUCACUGUUAAUUCUCAGUAGCGUUUCCCAUGGACAAACACAGCUCAACGCUUUCUCACAGUCGGGGUUUGUUCCGGCUCUUUCUUCACUUAUUUGGCUUUUAAUUCUCCAUUCGCGUUACAUAUUCGAUUGUGCUGUUUUCAGGACAAGAUUGAAUCGCUUAUCGCUGACCGCGGUUGCCACGAAAGUGUUAUUGAAAGGCUGUCGAGAUGUCAGACUCAGACGACAGAGAGCUGAGGCCGGUCGACUUCAUCCAGCUUCAGCAGUACAUUGACUACUGCAAUUUGACCGUAAAAGAUGUGCUGAAGGAGUUUAAUGCAGAUGGCAGAUUAGCCAAGUACAGACAUGGAGAGUGCAUAGAUGAAGAGGGUUUCCGGCUCUUCUUGAAGACAUAUUUGGAAGUGGACGACUUCCCAGCAAAUCUGUGCCAACGCCUGUUCAAAUCUUUCCAAAACUCAGAGUCGGCUAGAUCAGAUGAAAACAAGGAUGUCUUUCUGAAGGAUGUGUCCUGUUAUUUCUCUCUUCUGGAAGAUGGUCAACCAAGAGACAAACUUGAAUUUUCUUUUAGACUUUAUGACAGAGAUGGCAAUGGAGUACUGGACAGUUCGGAAGUGGACCGCAUUAUUGCCCAGAUGAUGCAUGCAGCAAACUACCUCGGUUGGGAUGUUUCUGAACUGCAGCCUGUUCUGAAAGAUAUGAUGACAGCGAUUGAUUCGGACAACAGUGGAACCGUGUCAUUGAAGGAAUGGGUCGAGGGAGGCAUGAAUAACAUCCCGCUGCUGGUUCUACUGGGACUAAAGGUGAACCAAAGAGAUGGCCAGCAUUUGUGGCGGAUGAAGCAUUUUAACAAGCCUGUGUACUGUAACGUGUGUCAGAAUAUGCUGCUGGGGCUGCGCAAACAGGGUCUCUGCUGCACCCGUUGUAAAUACACAGUGCACGGCCGGUGUGCCAAUAAGAACCCAGCUCCAUGCAGCCGCACAUAUGUGAAGUCCAAGAAAGAGACAGGGAUUGCAUCUCACGACUGGGUGAGUGGAAACUGUGAUUCAGGGAAGUGCGACAGGUGUCAAAAGAAAAUAAAGCAUGGCCUUACUGGGAAACGCUGCAUCUGGUGUCACACCCUGAGACAUGAUGAGUGUGUGACUCAGGAACCCUUAGAAUGCCACUGUGGCCUUUUAAAGGACCAUAUUUUACCCCCGUGGGCCAUAUACCCCAUCAUUAAGGAGAGGCAGAACAGCAUUAAGAAUGGAUGUUCAGUUGCAGGUGAUGAUAGUGAGCUCAACACUACACCUGACGGACAGAUACUACAGAUAAGCCCAAUUCCUGACACACAUCCACUUUUGGUGUUUGUCAACCCUAGAAGUGGCGGAAAGCAAGGAGAGAGAAUCCUUCGUAAAUUCCAAUACUUGUUGAAUCCUCUGCAAGUUUACAAUCUUAACAACGGCGGACCAGGACCAGGGUUACAUUUCUUCAAAGGUCUAGAUCACUACAGGAUAUUAGUCUGUGGAGGAGACGGCACAGUGGGCUGGAUUCUGGACGCCAUAGAUAAAGCCAACCUGUCGGUGCGCCCCCCUGUGGCGGUGCUUCCUCUGGGAACAGGAAAUGAUCUGGCUCGGUGUCUGCGAUGGGGUGGAGGUUAUGAUGGCAUGGAUCUGGGCCGAAUCCUGAAAGACAUGGAGGGGAGUUCUAUGGUGUCGAUGGACCGCUGGAGCGUGCAGGUGAUUACGGACAAAGACCAGGACAGAGGUGACCCAGUGCCCUACGAAAUCAUCAACAAUUAUUUCUCCAUCGGAGUGGAUGCGUCUAUUGCUCAUCGCUUCCACACCAUGAGAGAGAAACAUCCUCAGAAGUUUAACAGCAGAAUGAAGAACAAACUUUGGUACUUCGAAUUUGCCACCUCUGAGACCAUCUCUGGAUCUUGUAAGAAGCUGAAGGAGUGUCUCACCAUUGAGUGUUGUGGGACACCGUUGGAUCUCAGUAAUCUCUCCCUGGAGGGUAUAGCUGUCCUCAACAUUCCCAGCAUGCACGGCGGGUCCAACCUGUGGGGUGAAGCCAAAAAAAGUGACAAAGCAGACCAGGAGUUGCCUGAGGUCAUCGUUGACCCUGAAGUCUUAAAAGUGACCCCGCAGGACAUCAGUGAUAAGCGCAUGGAGGUGGUGGGUUUGGAAGGAGCCAUUGAAAUGGGACGGAUAUACACAGGGCUGAAGAGCGCCGUCCGACUCGCCAAAACAUCUCAGAUUACCAUAAAGACAAAUAAACCAAUGCCCAUGCAGAUUGAUGGAGAGCCGUGGAUGCAGCCACCUUGUACAAUUCAUAUCAGGCAUAAGAACCAAGCCAAUAUGCUGAUGGGCCCUCAAGCCAAAUCCACGGGCUUUUUCAACCUGAAAUAGUUUACCCAUACCUGUCCAAUGCUAUGUAUGAAAGAUGCUGUACAAAUCUGUGUGCAUUAUCAGGUUAAUGGACAAGUCUGUUUAAGGUCUUAUUUGAUCUCUGCAACAAAUCCUUAAUAAGGUUUCAGUUUUUAUUUAUACUGUUUUAGGUGAUAGCUCCUACAUGCAGUGAUGGUUUCACAGAUCUCUUCCUCAGCCCAUCUUAACAUGAAUUGUGCAUCAAACUGUACUUUCUUUAAAGAAAUGUAGUUGUCUUAAACAGUAGAUCAUGCAAUUUUUCGCAUGGAUUUUGUUUUGCUGUGACGCAUGUAUUGCACAGUUCAUUCCAAGUAAAUACGUUUUUUUUUAGAUCUUCAUAUGCAUCCACUAUAUAGAUUGGUUGCUAAAGUUUGAUGCACAGUCUAUUCAGUGGCUUUGCUGUAUAGGUGAUUUUAAAAGGACUGCUAUGCCAAUAUCGCAUAGCCUUUUUUCUUUGUUUUUAGUUUAUAAAGUAAAUAAUCUUUAUAAAAUCAUUAUAUAUGUCACGAUUAAUCCAGGUGCCCACCUAAGCAAGGGGCCCUGUGCUCUUUGCCAUCAGAAAACAACAACUAGAUUGAAUUGUAAUUUAAUUGCUGUAUACACCAUAAGAAGCAGGUGUAAUGGUUAGAUAAUAUGUUGAAACAGAAUUAACAGUAUAAUGUAUAAAUUAUUUUAUUGGGUCAAUUUAUUGUAUCCAGAAUGUAUUGAGUCAGUUCGGUAAAACUGAUUUUUCAUACAUUUGCACAGUGUGGAUGAAAAGUAAUGUAUUUAGUGUGCAAACGCUCCUUAAAUUCAGAUAAUUAAUCGGUCAAUUUGUGGUUAUAGAUAGCAUGUUUCACACUUUCUCUUUUAUAUACUCUUUGGGUUUGCUGUACAGAACACUUAAGGCAGUGGUUCUUAACUCCUAAAUAAAAUGAGCUGUGCUGUGGGUCCCAAAGACCAAUAUUGAGAAUCACUGAUUUAAUGCACUCCGUCAGGCUUCAUUUCAUGCCGCUCUUGAAAAGGCAGAAAUUCUCUUAAUUUUGUGAAUUUGUCCGAAUAAACAUUUCAAUGUUUAA